AUGGCACGUGCCUACUGCGGUCGCUUCGCAUUCAUGUUGGACUACCCCAAGUCGUACCAUCCCCCUCGGAAGAACGAGGAUGGAGACUAUGUCGAUCCAAGAACUGACAUGCUUCCUAAAUGUGCGGCAGAAUGUUCCGAGUGGCUCACUGAGUACAACGCCUGCGUCCAACGUAUCAAAAUGCGUACUGAUGGUCGUGGUAACUGCCAAGGUCAGUACGAAGAGUUCGCGAUGUGUCAAGAUCACUGCAUUGCGCAUGAGCUGUUUCACUACUUGAAAUAG